CUGAAGGUUCAGAACAAUUUUUCGGCCCAAUCCAAUCAAAACUCCAAACCAAGCCCAUCUCUAGGGUUUGAUAGUCGUCACAGGCUCCCAAGUCCCAACACUAAUUUUGUCAAAAACUGAUUUUAUGAUCCGGGGUAGCUCUCUCUCUCUCUCUCUCUCUCUCUCUUGCCCUAAUCUCUGCAACGAACGCUCUCGCGCACGGAGGACGACCGACGAAGAGUUUUAUGCACCCUUGAAGGCCGAAGCCUCAGAAAUCUGAAAGGUUUUCAAACAUCCUGCAAAAACUUGUGAAAGAUCAUCAAGAGCUUUAUAGGGAUAUCGCUGGCGGGCCUUGCAGGAAAUGGAUCCUGGUCGCUAUGGUCUUCAGCAAGGAUGGGAUAAUAACAGCGCUUUGGAGGGAUAUGGUGCAGUGCAUGAGCCAAACUUCCGGGUUGGUGCUUCAUACGAUGAUAGGAGGUUUCUAGAUGAAAGGUUCCCUAGGGAUAACAUAUAUCCGAGGAAUGCCUUCCACCGAGACAUUUUGGAGAGGGAACCCUAUCCACCUCCACCUCCUUCUAUUGGUCUUUGGCACCAAUCACGAAGAAGAAGUUACGAAGAAGAGUAUUCAUUGGAAAGAGAAUCUAGACGACAUGAAAAGCCAUAUCUUGAUUCGUACCAUGAGAUGGAUACUUUCCAUGAAGCUGAUAAGUAUCGCGAAAUUGAUUCAUUCCAAGAAUAUGACAAGUUUCGGGAUGGGUACCAUAGUAUCGAUAACUAUCGUGAUCAUGGAUUUGACAGGCCAACUAGAUUUGGGGGACGUGACCGUGAUGAUUACUCAUAUGAUGAUUAUGACUAUAGACCUCGCGUGUCCCAUCAAAACAGGGAGAGUAGCCGCGAGAGGGACUAUGAUUAUGGCAGGCACAGUUAUGAUUCUGAUUAUGAUAGAGGUAGUAGGAGAGAAAGUAAUUGGAGAAGGCGCGAGUCCCGUGAUCGCGAGCGUGAGAAGAGAUUGAGUCGGGAAAGAGAUCAAAGUCCUCAUAGGAAACAUGACCGUUCCCUAUCUCGUGGACGUGAUGAUCGUCCUAGAUCAAGAUCUCCUCGAAGUCGUAGCCAUGGUCGUGGUCAUCGAGAGGACAGCUACGAUGACAGCCGGUAUGAGAGGGUUGAGAAACGUAGGGAUCGUGAAGAGAAACGUCAGCAUGAGCAUUAUUCUGUGGCUCCAUCUGCAACUGUUGUUGUGAAGGGUCUCUCACAGAAGACUACUGAGGAAGAUCUUUACCAGAUUCUUGCUGAAUGGGGACCGCUUCGCCAUGUUCGUGUGAUUAAGGAGCGGAAUUCUGGCAUCUCUCGUGGUUUUGCUUUUAUUGAUUUUCCUUCCGUGGGAGCUGCUCGUACAAUGAUGGACAAAAUUGGAGAUGAAGGUCUUGUUAUAGAUGGGAGGAAACUUUUCUUUGAGUACAGUAGCAAGCCAACUGGAGGGGCAAGUGGACAUUUUGGACAAGAAAAUUCUGCAAAAUCAAGUCAUGUUAACCAUAAAAGCAUUACAGUUCCAUCUGAUUGGAUGUGCACCAUCUGUGGUUGUGUCAAUUUUGCCCGUCGAACAUCCUGCUUUCAGUGCAACGAGGGGCGGACUGAUGAUGCUCCACCAGCCGAUAUAGCAUCAUCAAAUCCAACACCCUUAGGAAGGAAAGGAUUGGAGGCAGGCCCUACACAUGUUUUAGUUGUUCGUGGAUUGGAUGAAAAUGCUGAUGAGGAAAUGCUUCGUUAUGAAUUUUCCAAACAUGCUCCCAUUAAGGAUCUGCGCCUUGUCAGAGACAAAUUUACUCAUGUUUCAAGGGGAUUUGCAUUUGUGCAUUUCCAUUCGGUGGAGGAUGCCACUAAAGCUCUUGAAGCAACCAAUGGGACAACUUUAGAGAAGAAUGGGCAGAUUUUACGUGUAGCUUAUGCAAAGAGUAUUCUUGGACCAGGAUCGGGGGCCUCAGGAUCUUCUCAGUCUAGCAGCCUUGCUGCUGCUGCAAUUGAGGCAGCUACAUUUGCUCAACAGUAUGAUGCUGUUGGAUGGGCUCCAAAGGAGUAUAAUCCCGAUGACAAACAGUCCACUGGUGGGCAGGAACAAGGUGGUGAAGACCAAGCUGUUCAACAAGUUGGUUCAGCUCCACAAUCUGGCUUUGUGUGGGAUGAGGCAUCUGGAUAUUAUUAUGAUGCUGCCUCUGGGUUUUACUAUGAUGGGAAUACGGGUCUAUAUUAUGAUGGUAACGGUGGAACUUGGUAUUCUUAUGAUCACCAAACUCAACAGUACAUUCCCUGCACUGAUCAGAGUGACAAUAAAUCAUCUGGAAAACAGUCUGGGCCUUCCAAGGCAUCAGAUAGUACCAAUAAUAGGAAAGUAGUAAUAUCUGCCCCAGCUGCUACCAUCACUUCAACUGAGAAGUCUACCUCCUUACCAGAUGCUGUUCAGGCAGCUGCAACAGCUGCAAUUGCCGCAGAAAAGAAAGAGAAGGAGAAGUCAAGAGAGAUAAGGCUUGCUUCGAAGAGCAGUAUUCUGGCCAACAAGAAAAAAAUGAGCAAUGUAUUGACAAUGUGGAAGCAGAGGAGUCAUGAAGGGCAAGCACCACGUGUGGCUCUUGAUGACAGCCAAAUAUCUGCUCCAGCUGAUGACAGACUUAGUUCUGCUGGAAUGCCCUCAAAAAGCAAAUUCAAAUCUGAUGUCAUAACUACAAAGGAGAACAUCACAUCCAGUUCAGGGUUUACUAGUACCACCCCUACUACUCAACCUGUUGGUUUGGAGUCACAGGUCAAGCCAAGGCCUGUGAGCAACAGCCUGGGGGGCACUGUAAUGGGGGUAAUUAGGGGCUCAGGAAGAGGUGUUGUCAAGUCAGAUACUCUGUAUUCAGGAUCUUCAGGGGGAGUCUCCACCUCUUCAGCUGCAGCUGCAUCCACCACAGUUUUGGCAUCAUCAACAAAUAUGGAUAUGCCUUCGGCCAUGACCCCCUUCAGAACAGAUGCAUCAGCAUUGGGUUCUUAUGCAUCAUCUGCAGCUGCAGGGAGUGGCAAGAGGAGAUUUUCUGAGAUGCCGUCACAGCCAGCUUCUAAUUAUAAGGAGCAUUCGCAGACUACCUACAGGGACCGUGCAGCUGAGAGGAGAAGCUUGUAUGGUUCAUCAUCCUCUGUUGGAGACGACCUAUCUGUGCUUGGGAUUGCGGAUAUAAAUCGAGAUUUGGCAUUCAAAAAGGGGUCUUUUGAUUCAAUGCCUUUCCCCCCUGGUGUUGGGGGAGGUCGUGGAGCUGGUGAUGUUAAUAGCAAUGUUCAGAGUUAUGAGGUGAUUACAGCAGACAAGGCAAUUGAUGAGAGCAAUGUGGGCAAUCGAAUGCUUCGCAGCAUGGGUUGGCAUGAAGGCUUGGGAUUAGGCAAGGAUGGUAGUGGCAUGACGGAGCCAGUCCAAGCACAAACCAUGGAAAGUAGAGCCGGACUUGGAAGUCAGCAGCAACAGCAGCAGCAGAAGUUGGGUCCGGGCCUUGAGGUGCAGUCUGGUGAUAGUUACAAAACCGUGAUUCAGAAGAAGGCCCUUGCCAGGUUUCGGGAGAUGUCUUAGGUACGUGCUGGUGGUGUGGAUGGAUUGUUGACCGUUCCUGGAGCAGCGUCUCAGCAUAUACGACCGCAGCCAAAUCCUUUAAAAGGUGGGCCGGUGGGUAGGGGUCAUGUAGACAAAUGUGACAAUGCUUCAUUAAAUCUGGAAGAAAUAUAUAUAUAAAUAUAUAUAUUUUUUUAUAGCCAGCUCUAAAAUUAAACUAUGAUUUAUAUUGUCGUUUGGUAUGGUAAGCCGUGCCUAUUGAGGUGUAGCCCAAAAACACGAGGCUGUGAAUGUGUGGCUUGUGGUAGAUUUGUAAGCGGGUCUUUAGUCUGGAAUGCCCCAGCACAAUUGUCUC